AUGCGUGCUCGUGAAACUGCUCCCUCAGCAUCAUGAAUAUAAUCAGUUCAUGUCGGUGAGCUUUGCGGUGCUUUCCUGCCUCACUCAUUUCCUCGGCUCAGGAGUUGGCACUCAGUUGGCCAUCCCAAACCUCCCCAUGCGACGGGGUGUCGUGGCAGUAAUAGUGGUGGAGGUGGUGGUGAUGGUUUUACCCAUUACUACCACCGGAUUGGUUGCAGCCAAUGCAUCAGACACCAAACUCUGCCCGAACAUCACAACGGACCAGCUCGACUUUGUAAACAACUCUGAUGCAUGUGUUACAGCAAUAUUUAAUCAUCAAUACCUGAAUGAACCCACAAGAAUCAAUACAAUGCAUUAUUUUGAGAUAUUCUGCACGCAUCAAAAUUGUCAGGCUUUGUUUGACCACAGCUCGUACUCCAGAGGUGGGGGAUGUGUCGUACCCGACGACUUCCUUAAAAAUCUGAAGAAAAUAGUUUACAUAUUCUGUGGUCGCUUCAUUGAUAAUUACACGAAAAUAGCACUCACAGCGAUGCCUCAUGUGUACCGCAGUGAAGAACGUAUAACAGAUGCUAUCUUCAAGAAAUACGUCUCCAUGACGGAACUCCCUCCGCCCAGUGUAGAAGUGAAGGGCGCCUGGCAAAAGGACAGUUCGGUGGACCCUCAUGUAUACUACGUGGUAGAAGACACCAACGUCACACUGACCUGCAACUCUGACCACGGGAAUCAUACCAAAAUGAGACUCCAGUGGAGCAACCAGACACACAACCUCACAAGUAAAGCGGGCAUCGACGGUCCUGCAGUCUGGAAAACCCAAUUCAAGCUUCCAGAUUCUGGGAUUUACCAUUGUCGAGCAAGACUGAAGCGCGAAAAAUAUUAUGACCCUUACCAGCUGAACAUCACUGUAAUAGCUAAGGAUGCCACCUACCUCACCACCACCAUACUCAACCGUAACGUGACGGAGCUGGUGGAGGAGAACCAUCCAGUCCAAUGGGAGAUUCUCUUCAUAGCACACCCAGAACCAGUCUUUCAGUGGAAGAAACAAGGAAAACUGAUGCUGGACUCGAGAAUGAAAACAUCACGAGAGCAGUUCAGGAAUCACGAGAUGAAGGUCACGGUGGAGGAGGCGUCACUGUCACUCUUCUUGCACCACCCGACACUGGCUGACAACGGGAAGUACACUCUGGAAGUUCUACCCAACACUACCAUCACCACCACCACCACCAUGUUCCUCAUGAUACCAGGCAAGCCUCAAAAUGUGCAGAUCAAAAGUCCAAACGACAGGCAGAUGUUCAAGGAGGGUGAGAACUUUAGCCUCACAUGUUCAGCGGAAGGAUACCCGAAGCCCAACCUCACACUCCACUUCGUCCCUGAGAAUGACACCAACUUGGCCCAUACUAAGGACGGUCGCGAGUACAAUCAGCUGAAGAAAGGGAGAGGCAUGGGCGAGGACGACCACAACGGCAUGGUCAAGCGAAGCGUCCACUGGAUCGGUGUGGCUGAAGAGCCUGGAUGGUACCAGUGCAGGGCGGAAAAUGAUCUGGGACAAGACUACUCUUCCCGUAAGCUGUUCCAGGUGACAGACGGUGAGUCUAUGUUGCCCAUUUCGUUGAGGUUGGAAAUCGGUGGCGAGGUGAAGGGCGUGGUGGGCAAGACAGUCACUGUAGUCGAGGGAGACGACUUCAAGCUCACCUGUCGGGCCAACAAGGUGUCGGCUAAAGCACCUCUCACCUGGGCUCUGAACGACAUCCCUCUAGAUCAAGCUACGAUGAAAAAAUGGGGCAUGACGGUCAACGAGAGCAAGACCCGCCUGUCCCUUGUGUCGACGGUGAGGGCAACAAGCCUCCAUCGCAACGCGGACAAGUUCUCCAUAAAGUGCGCAGAUCUGGCUCACAACCACACUGACCUCAUCAUCAGUGUGCAAGAGAUGGUCGAGCCGGCGUGGAUAGGAAAGCCUCCGGGGAGGGACUACGACAAAAACAAGAAUGACAAAUUGACACUGAGCUGUCCAGCUGACGGCACUCCUCGUCCGAAAGUCACCUGGAAAAAGGAAGGAGAGCCAGUAGAGGAGAAUAACCGGCGAAAGAUAAGAAAUAAUGACCAACUCUUCUUUGAAAUACUGUCGUCUUCAGACGCUGGGAAGUACACGUGCGAGAUCAGCAACAGAGCGGGAAAUCUGUCAGCCUCCUUCAAUGUGACCGUGCGGGAUCCAGACGACGAGAAGACAGUGUUAAUUCUGGCCAUAGUGGGAGUGCUCAUCCUGGCUUUGGUGGUGAUGAGCGUGUUUCUCUGCAGGAAAAUCUACCAGGCCAGGAAAGAGACACUGAACCUACAACUUCGCGAGCAGAGGAUGUUUAUAGAGGGAGACCCGAGCAGCCUUAACCCUGACAUUCCGCUAGAGCAACAAGCUGAGCUGCUGCCCUACAACACCAAGUACGAGGUGUCCAGGGACUCCAUCAUCUUUGACAAGCUGCUUGGGACAGGGGCAUUCGGGAGGGUGUACCGCGCCACGGCGCUCAACCUUCGGCCCGGCGAGACCCACACCACUGUGGCUGUCAAGAUGAUGAAGUCCCGCACUGACUGCUCACAACUCAAGGCUCUGCGCUCCGAGGUGAAGAUCAUGAUCCACAUUGGAAGGCACGCCAAUAUCGUCAAUCUCCUUGGUGCCUGUUCCAAGGAUCUCGCCUCCAAAGGGGAGCUGCUGCUGCUGGUGGAAUACUGCAAGCACGGCAACAUCCUCGACUACAUGCGCCGCCAUCGCCGCGAUUUCGUGAACCAGAUCAACACUGAAGACAAGAUCGACCCGAAUUUCCGUGAGCCGCGACCCAGACACAGAAGUGACUCCAGCUCAAGGAGCCACACUUCUCAUGGUCUCAAGUACACACAUCUCAACUUUCAUCAAGACAACGUGUUCUAUGGCACCACUCAGACUUCUGACGGACCCCCGGCCACAUCCACAAACCUUCUGUCCCCUUGUAAUACUGACGGCGACGCUGGCUGUCGCCCAUUCCGAGCCAGGACGGUGUCGGCUUCCUCCAGCAGCCACCACGUGGCCUCUGACAACAGCUUUCUUCCAUGCGAGACCACCGCCGGUACAUCAGCCACCACCAUCAGCAGUCACUCCUCCAGUUCCUACCAAGCGCCCCUCUGCUCGACUGACCUGCUCGGGUGGGCCUACCAGAUCGCCAAGGGCAUGGAGUACCUGGCGUUCAAGAAGGUGCUGCACGGUGACCUGGCUGCGAGGAACAUACUGCUAGAUGAGAACAACGUCGUCAAAAUCAGCGACUUCGGACUUGCCAAGGACAUCUACAAGGAUGAAAACUACAGGAAGAAAACUGACGGUCCCGUGCCUGUCAAGUGGCUGGCUGUGGAGUGUCUGCGGGACGGGGUGUUCUCCACGCAGAGUGACGUUUGGUCCUUUGGCGUGGUUCUGUGGGAGAUCUUCAGCCUCGGACAGAUCCCGUACUCGUGUAGCGAGUUUGACGAAAGCUUCAUCCUUAAGUUGGAGACAGGCGUCCGUCUUGAACAACCCCGCUACGCAACCUACGGCCUCCUAGAGGCCACCCUGGGAGACAUGCUUAGCGAGGUGCAGAGAAAGAUCUAUCUACAGCUCAAUGAGCCCUAUGAGGAGAAUGCUACAAGUGAGUUUCUGGACUUACUCGCAAGUCAAGACUACUCAGCCAAGAUGCGCCAGACCACCCAGCUACCUACCGAGGAUGGCUACGAGACGCCCUUCAGUCCCGGUGUGGCGCCCCACCUGACGGUGCAGGGCGACCACCUCUCCACACCCACCCGUCUCACAAACCGACAGAAAGAGUACUUUCGCUCUGCGGAAGGCGAAGACUCCGCCAGUUCUUAUGUGCCCAUGUCCGCUGACCGCACUGACACCAACACCGUAUUCGAUUUUGACGACAAGACAGUGGCGUGCUUCAUGAGCCGGCCUGAGAAAGAGGAAUACAACAACCAAGACCUCUUCCUCAAGAUGGACAAGCAUUCUCCGGAGCCCGACACCCCAGAUGGCAUCCACGAAGGUCGUGAACAUUCUCCACACCAGAUUGUUCUCGAGCAUGUUUUGAAUAAACAUGACAGUGGCAUGUACAGCCCCAAAUUGCUGGCACAUACCAGCCCAGAAUACAUGGACAUGGGUUCCAAGUUACUCAUAAAGACAGAUGACAAGGAAGCACAAAUGACCACCUGCGGCACUGAAGGCACUGCAAAGGCACGCAAGUAUCUAGAUGACACUAAGUGUAGCGCUGAAUACACCAAUCUCCUCCCAAAGAACUCGUGCAGUUAUAACUCUUAGUUGCACUCAACUAGCUAUAUAGUCAGGCACUAGUCACAGAACAAACUUGUGUCUGACUCAUCUAGGAGGCCAUGAUAAGUGCAGGAGUGUAGGAAGCUUAUGUUCCCUGGUGCCAGAUGGGGCCAGUAUUUUCUGCUCCCCAUCUUUUCCUCCUUCCUCUCUGUUACCUUUGUCUGUCAAUAGUUCAAUGAUUGCUGUAAGGAGUUUCCAUCUACUAAAACCAUCAUGGAGAUCCCUCCUGCAUUAUAUCAAAUCUGCCCAUUUUUAGCUUUUCUA